GUGAUUGUCAUUCUUAUGAUCCUUCUCUUCCUAUAUAUCAACAAAAGACUGUGCAUUGAGAAUAUAGGAGAGUUUCCGUGCCUUGAUACAGAAUACAGGGCCAAUAAAGAUUUACAAGACAAUACCCAUAACAGCUAUGGUGAUGGAGACCACCAUGGUUCCUCAUCAGACAGUGAAGAUGAGGUGCUUGGCAAGUACCAUGAGGCUUUGUCCAAAACACAGAUCGCCUCUGGUGCAGCAUCAGACAGCAGACACCAUCAGAAAGGGUACUUGUGGGAAUCCAGACUCAAAUAUAGUCCUCUGUCAGCUGAAUAUGAUGGAUACAGCAGUGAGGCAUCUGCAGAUGAAGAACACUGUAUUCAGAGGAUGAGGAGGACACCCCCACUUGAUGAACUUCAACCACCCCCCUAUCAGGAUGACAACGGAUCACCACAUCUCUCCUACACACCAUCAGAACUGGAUGACAAGUGUGAACUCUCUCAUUCCAGUGCAGAUUGCAACAGUCCACGUUGUUCAUACAGUAAGUGCCCUAGCGAGGGAAGUGUAGGCCAUGAGACAGAGAGCUACCAUCACAAAGGAUAUGAGGAAGAUGUUCCCAGCGACAGCACUGCCAUCCUCAGUCCAGAGGACAUGUCAGCAAGAGGAUCGUCUGCACAGCUACCAAAAGCUUACGAUCCAGAGCCUGUGUCAAAGUAUGGCACAUUGGAUGUCACUUUUGACUUUGACUCACAAGCACAGAAACUUAUGGUAACAGUAACAGCUGUUACAGACAUUCCAACACAUAACCGAACUGGCAAUAGUUCAUGGCAAGUACAUCUUGUGCUACUUCCCACAAAGAAACAACGAUCAAAAACAAGUGUCCAGCGGGGGCCUUGUCCUGUCUUCACAGAGGCGUUUAGGUUCAAUCGCGUUGAGUCUGAGAUGAUUGGUAAUUAUGCAGUGCGAUUUAGGCUCUACAGUAUACGACGCAUGAAAAAGGAAAGGAUUGUUGGUGAAAAGGUAUUCUAUCUUACCAAGCUAAAUCUACAAGGCAAGAUGUCCGUUCCAAUUGUGCUGGAGCCUUCCUACAAUCACAAUGGCUGUGACUCCCAGAUGAGCAUGUCUGAGAUGUCCUGCAGUGAAAGCACUUCUUCCUGCCAGUCUCUGGCACAUGGCUCGACACCAGAAAUCCUAGUUGGCCUGCUAUAUAAUGCCACCACUGGCAGACUGUCAGUAGAAGUCAUAAAAGGAAGCCACUUCAAAAACUUGGCAGUGAACAGACCACCUAAUGGACUGUUCUGUUGUCUAAAACACUUGAUAGGUGGGCAGGUUUAUAUAAUCCGAGACACAUAUGUCAAGUUAACACUGCUGAAUUCUAUGGGUCAGGAGAUGUCCAAAUGUAAGACGUCCAUUCGUCGAGGCCAACCAAAUCCUGUGUACAAAGAAACAUUCAUUUUUCAGGUAGCACUAUUUCAACUCUCCGAUGUGACACUCAUACUGUCUGUGUAUAACAAACGGAGCAUGAAACGCAAGGAAAUGAUUGGCUGGAUUUCACUUGGCCUCAACAGCUCAGGCGAGGAAGAGCUGAAUCAUUGGACUGAAAUGAAGGAAUCGAAAGGACAGCAAGUUUGUCGGUGGCAUUCAUUAUUAGAAUCCUAA